AUGGUGGUACGUGGGCGGCUGGUGUUCUACUGUAAUAUCGAAUACCAUCACAAGUGGUCCACUCAAAUGGAUGAACGAAACAAUUUGCAGUUCAAUUUGGGUUUUAAACUUUCGCCGGACCAAGCUGAAUGCCUGCUAUGGAUCAUCGGACUCCAUGCAUCAAAACACCUGGAUUUGCAAAUUCGGGCACUUCGCGAACUCGAACUGAAUCCGGAAUUGAAACUAACAGAGCUCACGGACCGAUUGGAUCAAGUUAUCUCACUUCGCGCCGACGCAGACUUUAUCGGAAGUGGAUCUCACGACAUCCACGCCAUUCGCCGACAAGCCAACAAACCCAAGCCUAAAUUCCAAGGAGGAUCACGACCAAAGAACGCGAGAACUCCGACUUCUCCGCGCACUUCUGCAACAUCACCACCGUCGCCGUGCUCGAGAUGUGGGGAUCACACUGGAGACGGGAUUGCAAGCUGCCACACGAAACAAUCUGCCACAGCGGUCACAAGACGGGACAUCUCUCGAAAGGACACUAUCGAUAAGUGUACAGCGGAGGUGGUUUUAUCGGAGCAGUUAUAUCACAUCGGAAUUGAACGCGCGAAAACAUUGGAGCCGAGGAACUCGGACUAUACACCAUUCGCCGACUACGAUCAUCUUCGUGACGAAAUGGAAGAACAGCAAGCGCAACGAGAGAAAACGGAACGCGACGUAAAAGAAGAAAACGACGGAAGAGAUGAAGAUUAUUUCGAAUUCAAAGAGGGAUUCGAGAAUCUUAUUGGGAGUCAGAUCCAGUGCAAUACGACUAAGAUGUACUACUUGAAGUCUUCAUUGUGUGGAGAAGCAGCCGAGCUGGUGAAGACAUUACGAUCAACGGUGAGCAACUACCUGAUCGCAUGGAGCAUCCUAGACGAUCAAUACGGCGGUCAAACGCGUCUACAGCAAACCCUCUUCAGGAGAAUUAGAGAGCUGCCAGUGCUCGGAAACAGCUACCAACCGAGCGAUUUACACCAUUUUUACAUUCGGACAGUGACCACGAUUCGACAGCUUGCCUCAUUUGGUUGCGAUAUGAACAACAUGACAACCGCAUCUCUUAUUGAGGCAAAGCUCCCAAAAAAGAUAAUCCAAAAGUUGUACGCGAACCCGCGUAGUCAACCAGCGGAUGCGGAACGACUUCUGGAGAUGAUACGCGACAUAUCGCAAACGGAAAGCUUAGUGGCGGCGAUCGUGAAUGAACGAGCGGAGGAACCAGUGACAACAAUGGCAACACUACACCAAGGAUCGCAGAAAGGACCGAUGCAGAGAAUUGGAUUUGUGCUAUCAAUGUCUGAGAGGAGGCCAUCGGGCAACGACUUGCCCGGAUCGCUGCAAGCGCUGUCGAGGAAGGCACCAUCAGUCGAUGUGCCAUCGUAUGCGGGACGAAGGAGCCAUAGGAUUUCGAAGGAACGAUGGGCGUAA